GAUCGUAGUUGGGGUGCUUCUUGCUUCGAUAUUCCGACCACCACGUUGCCAUGAAGUUGCAACCGGCAGGGCUGGCCGUUGUGCUCGUGUCGCCUUCCGUAGCCGUGUUUUGCUUGCUGUAUGCCGCCUUGGAUGUACCCGCCGUCCUCUCGGCGUUCAUUGCAUUCCUCUCUGCAUUUGUAUGGGCCGAUGUGUGGUACUUUGUGCACAUCAUCGGUACGGUUGUGGCAUCCCCACCGACUUGCCUCCAAAGCGUUCUGGAUUCGCACGAGUACCCAGCGAUAGUGGGGCUCAACGACAUUGAUCGCAAUGGGCAUUUCAACAACGCGAGGUACUUGCGGGCGUGCAACUAUGGCCGCCGCGCGUUUUGGACGGCGAAUGGCAUUUGGGAACUGUUAUGCGCUAAUGGAGGCAACUUGCUAGUUGGCGCGCAGACAGUGCGCUACCGCCGCGAGCUCACGCUAGGUCAAUCGUACACUCUCCGAACCCGUAUCCGGACGUGGGACAAUCAGGCGUUUUACAUCGAACACCAAUUUGUGACGGGCGCUGAAGCCGCGGGUUCGUUGUUCGUGCAUGCUGUGGUGCUGGUGAAGAACAAUGUCAUGGGAUCCAAACGACCGCAAAUGCUCAUGGAGAUGCGGCAGCCGGGGAUCGUGGCGCCGCCGGUAGACCCUGACGUGCAGAGCUGGAUCGACUCGAAUGCGGCGUCGAGCUUGAUGUUAAGGCCCAACAAAAAGACGUAAACAACUUCGAUUGAAUGUGACGGCCAUCUCGAGUUAAAUAGAUUACAUUCAUGAUCACGAGGUAGACGAACUAAAACUAUGGGGAACCUACGGCGUUGACGGAGCACAUGGCGGCACUUCCAGCCCAGCCAACAAAACUAAAGGGGUACCCUCGAGCGAUCGCGCAAGAGCAAUGGUCGCGGGUUGUGGUGGGGAACAUGUGCGUGUUUACUCGUCUUCUUCGGAAAUCGUGUUGAGGUUUUUUUCCUUGGGCGCGGUGAACACGGCAACGGUCGGCUUGAUAGAGAACGUCUUGCGCAUGAACAUGAGGUCAUUCAUGAUGUCCAACGUGUCCUGGUCCGACCCGAGGUUGAUGAACGAGCCGAGCGCCCGGGUAGCUUCUUCCAGAGCCGAAGACGGCUUGAGCAUCGCAACGGAAAGGGUGUCCAUGAUGGCUGGGAUGUGGAGAUGUGGCGGAAGGCGACG